GCAGCGCGGCGGUGCGGACUGCGCGGCCGAGCAGCGCGGCGCCCAGAGCGCGGGCCGCCCGCCGAGCCCCGCCAAGCCGAGUCCCAAGAGCCGGACCGGAGCGCCGGUCCCAGCGCCCGCAGCCAUGCCGGCCGGCCGCACCGCGCGCACCUGUGCGCUGCUCGCCCUUUGCCUCCUGGGCAGCGCGGCCCAGGAUUUCGGGCCGACGCGCUUCAUCUGCACUUCGGUGCCCGUGGACGCCGACAUGUGCGCCGCGUCCGUGGCCGCCGGCGGCGCGGAGGAGCUCCGGAGCAACGUGCUGCAGCUCCGCGAGACCGUGCUGCAGCAGAAGGAGACCAUCCUGAGCCAGAAGGAGACCAUUCGCGAGCUGACCACCAAGCUGGGCCGCUGCGAGAGCCAGAGCACGCUGGACGCGGGCGCCGGCGAGGCCCGGGCCGGCGGUGGCCGCAAGCAGCCCGGCUCGGGCAAGAACACCAUGGGCGACCUGUCCCGGACGCCGGCCGCCGAGACGCUCAGCCAACUCGGGCAAACUUUGCAGUCGCUCAAAACCCGCCUGGAGAACCUCGAGCAGUACAGCCGGCUCAAUUCCUCCAGCCAGACCAACAGCCUCAAGGAUCUGCUGCAGAGCAAGAUCGAUGACCUGGAGAGGCAGGUGCUGUCUCGGGUGAACACUCUGGAGGAGGGCAAGGGUGGCCCCAAGAACGACUCGGAGGAGAGGGUCAAGAUCGAGAGCGCCCUGACCUCCCUGCACCAGCGGAUCAGCGAGCUGGAGAAAGGUCAGAAGGACAACCGUCCCGGAGACAAGUUCCAGCUCACAUUCCCGCUGCGAACCAACUACAUGUACGCCAAGGUGAAGAAGAGCCUGCCGGAGAUGUACGCCUUCACCGUGUGCAUGUGGCUCAAGUCCAGCGCUGCCCCUGGGGUGGGCACGCCCUUCUCCUAUGCCGUGCCGGGCCAGGCGAACGAGCUGGUUCUCAUCGAGUGGGGCAACAAUCCCAUGGAGAUCCUCAUCAACGACAAGGUGGCCAAGCUGCCCUUUGUGAUCAAUGAUGGCCAGUGGCACCAUAUCUGCAUCACCUGGACUACUCGGGACGGGGUCUGGGAAGCCUACCAGGAUGGCACCCAGGGUGGCAAUGGCGAGAACCUGGCGCCCUAUCACCCCAUCAAGCCGCAGGGGGUGCUGGUGCUGGGCCAGGAGCAGGACACCCUGGGUGGCGGGUUCGACGCCACCCAAGCAUUCGUGGGUGAGCUGGCCCACUUCAACAUCUGGGACCGCAAGCUGACUCCCGGGGAGGUGUACAGCCUGGCCACCUGCAGCACCAAGGCCCUUUCUGGCAACGUCAUUGCCUGGGCCGAGUCCCACAUCGAGAUCUACGGGGGAGCCACCAAGUGGACAUUCGAAGCCUGUCGCCAGAUCAACUGAGGCUUCUGCCUCCGAGCCUCCCGCCCCUCGGGCCUGCCAGCCCACCUCCCCCCUGCUUGUGCGGUGAUGACCCUCUGGUGUCUUCUUCUCUCCCUCCCCCCAGGAGUGACUCGAGGCCCUCACCCGCGCACGCGCACGCACACGCACACAGCCCAGGCCGCCCUCCUGCCCAGGAGGAGGCCCCGCUUCCCUGGAGGAGUCCACGCCUGGUCUCAGGCCUGCCCCGCUCAUGCUCGCUCUCGGCUGCAGCUGCGACAUGGGGCCGGGCAGACGUAGGUGAGGAUGUGUGUGGGGGGGCGAGUGUGUGUCUCUGGGAGGGAGGCGCUUUCUUUCAGAAUGAGCUGUCUCCUUUCCUUCUUCCUCCGUGGUGUUGGGAAAUCUUGUGACUGGUCGAAUAGCUGUACUUGCCAACUCUGUGAGCUGCCCGCAGGCCUCGGGGCUGCGCGGCUUCCUCCGCACGCGCGUCUGUCUUUGCAAACCUUUUCCAGAGCCACCUCUCUCUCUACCGGGAAAAUAAAUGUCUUGUAGCAGUUGGUUCGAGGCCAGGGGGCCUCUCCACAGAGAAUUUCUCUUUCGUAGUAGGAGCGGAUUCUCUCUGACUGUGCCCUGGGGUGGCACCUUGUGCUCUCCGGUGGUGAGACAGGGAGAGGCUGCUGAGGGGCAGGGGGGUGCGGCUGGCCUCAGGAAGAGGGCAGUCUCCGCCCAGUGCCCAGGCAGCACCCCUGCGGGUGGCGUCUGAGGACGGUGCUGGGCCUGGGAGGCUGGUUUGCAUGCCCAGCUCUCUGGCUUUGGCCCAGGACCAGGUCUCCAGGCCACAGUCUUGCACCCUUUCGAGGGUGGGCUCCAUCCCUCCCUUUCAGCUGCCCGCUGGUGCCCCUGAGGGGGGGGGUGUCCCCCACAGCCCAGGAAGCCAGGCUUUCCCGGCCCCUCCCCUUUGAACUCUGCAGUGGAGACCAGGGGCAUCCGUGGGUCAGCUCAACAGCGGACCUUUUAGACAAGGUUACCCACAUUCUGAUUGAGACCCAGCCAGUUAGGACCAGUGACACUGAAACUGGACCAGUGGAUGAGAAGGUCUGAGCUAAUUUUGACAGCCAUAUUCCUCCCAUGCUCCCAGGCCCAGGUUGGCUGGCCGUGGUGAGUCCUCCACGGGGGCGGGGCCUCGGAAGGCCUCCCACGCCGAACUCCCCGGCCAGUGCUGGGGCCUGAAACCCACUCCCCCUUCUUUACAGGGCUCCAGUCCUGCAGCAGCCGCCAACCUGUCACCAGCUGGUGACACUGAGACACGACCAGUGUCCAGAACCUUGAACUUUAUUUUCCCCCCAUGAAAAGCACACAUACGUUUCCUUCUAGUCCUUCCGAGGCAAGGGGAAAUGCGUGUGUGUGCGUGCGUGCGCGCGCGCGUGUGCGUGUGUGUUUCUGUGUGUUUCUGUGUGUGGAGAGAAAGAGAGAGAGACGAAGACGGGCCAUGCCCCAGGUGGGCUCCCAGCUCUCUGUCGUAGCAUCUGGGGGUCACACGUCUCGAGGGCACCCUGGACUCUGUCACCAGGAGUCUAAUUAGCAAAAGGCUGGCAAGUCUUUCUAGAAAUUCUACCGCACUGCCUGGCUCAUCUACAGCUGCAGACAUUUCUUUGGGAGGAGCAGGUGUCCCUGUCUUCUCUUCUUCCAGGGGCACCUGUCUUCUCACACACAGGUCCCUGUUGCGUCGGAAACCUAGUGCAUCUGUGUGCGUCUGUGUUGGUGUCUCCGUGUUAGUGUCCACGUGGGUGUGUGCACAGUACCCGGUCACCGUCCUGUGACGCAUCGCUCUUGCUCAGCGGGUGCGGCUCGGGCGCCGCGCUGUGUGUCGUGGUUCAACAGUGGCUUUUUCUGAGACCCUUGUGCUUCGUCAGAGCCCGUCGGGUUGUGGCAUCUUUGGAUCUGCAGGGAUCUUCUCUGUUUGCAUGUUCCUCGGGGUGGCGCGUCCCUUGCUCCCUCGGUCUGAUGUGUGCCCCCUGCCUGCAUGAACUUCUGGUUCUGUGUUGUGUGCCCAGUGCCACCCAUCGUCCUGUAACCAUCCGCGUCGCUACUAAAAAUGGCUGGAGAAGCAAGCCAAGGGUGUCGGGGAGGUCAAGGGAGGGAUCAGCUUCCCCCUUCCUCCUCCCCACUCCGCAAACACACCAAGAAGUAUUUUUCACAUGUAGGUUGACAAGGAGCCUAAACAAAGCCCAUGAUUGGGACGGAGCGAGAGCUUGGAAUCACCCCUCUAGACCAGGUUGGCCCCACCCCUCACUUCAGCCCCCUCGCGGCUGUUGCUUAGGCGAGGCCCACAGGGGGCUGGGUGCUCUCCUGCCAGCACCCCACACCAGCCCCUGCCGAUCUAGCGGACCCCAGACCACCCCCCGCCCCCAGGCGGCCGUGGUGGGAGCUGUCCGUUCAGGACCACAAGCCAUCCUCUGCCCUAGCUAGAGACGGGCAGAGCAUACCCCAGACGCUUAUGCCUCUGUCCCUUUGGCCUCCUGCCCUGUUCACCUUCCUGGCCCUCCCCUGAUGCCCCCACGGUGCCAGGGACAGAAGCUGAUAUUCGGCUCCCUUCCCGCCCCUAGCUGGAGCCUGUGCCAAGCCCUUGACUCCCUCACUGUGUAAACACUUGGCACUCUGCCGGCCCCAAGGAAGGUUGAUGACACAGCCACAAAUCUAAUCCACGUAGUCUCCCAUCUCCUCCUUAAUCUGAUCGACGCUCCCUCUUGCACUGAAUAACACAUGCCUAUCUCAGGUAAGCCGUUUUAUAAAAUAAGAAGACACACAGCACUGCCGAGGCGGUGUUAGCUCUUGCUGAGCUGGUGUCCCACAGCUCCCUGGGUGUCCGAGGUGGGGGAGCUGCUGACGGAGGCUCUCCGGGCCCUCGGGGCUUAGAUCCCACUGGAAUCGUAAGCCUUCUUGCUUUUGAUAACACAGUAUUAUUUCUCUUACUGUAGAAGAAAAAGUUUAUUACCAAACAAGAGUAUUUUUAUGAAAGAAAAGGACAAACCUAUAAAAUUAAAUCAACCUCUGUCUCCCUGGAAAAUACUUUCAGGCUCCGCCAAAACGUAGGACUGAAAGCGUGUAUUUUGGAAGAAAGAGAUACAUUUUGUAUGCUUUCUUUUCCUUUUGUAGAUUCCCAGUUUAUUUUCUAAGACUGCAAAGAUCACUCUGUCACCAGCCCUGGGACCUGAGACCAAGGGGGUGUCUUGUGGGCAUGAGGUUCAGUCAUUCCAAUGAGCUCCAGAGAGGGGCCACCUGUACUCAAAGGUGUUGGGGGCCAGGAUGUGAAUUGGCCAUUUAUGGUGGACCCUUUGCCUCGGAGCUGACUUAAGUCAAGGACUUGAUGAUCAGUUCCAAUCCUGGUAGAAAGAACUAGGGUUAUGUGUUGGUAACACAAAGAGGAUAAUAUCCUUUAUAAUCUCACAACAACCAAAAUGUGGCUUGACACAGCCGUGGUUUCAUCUCUUAAAACACAGUGUGUAAAUUUAUCCAACUAAUGAUGGGAAAUGUGUCACUUCCAUGCACAGUGGACUUAAGUGCAAUUUGUUGAAGGGGAAUAAGUCAUUGAGAAAAAAAAAAAAGCCCAAUACUUAGAGUCCCAAUUUUGUCUUAUUUGCCAAAAAAAAAAAAAAAAAUCCAACAAAGCAAACCCCCUCCGGUUGAUAUUGUUAUAAUGUAUAUAUUGUAUAAUAUGAAAGAGAAUCGAUGUAUCUUACUUUUUCAUUAUUUGCUAACCAAAGCUGUACAUUUUUCAUAUGAUCUGCAGCCUUUUGGGUAUCAAAUGGGUCAAAACCAUGGGACCUGCCACCUCCCAUCAGCAAUUCUGGAAAUGCACUAUUUCUACUGGUAUUGCUUUUUUUUUCAUUUUCUUGCUGAAACGACAUGAAUUGUUGAGUUUAUUUUUACACAGUAAAGAGUGAAGAAAGAC